AUGGGGUGUCAACCAGGCAAGCUGCGCGACAAAUAUCAGCAGUUCCUCGCUGAUAUCAAAACCCUGCAGCCUUUCAAUUGGCCAGACGAGUGUGGGGAGAGAUACUAUGCUGAAGCAGAAGUGCCGGAGCUCUGCACUUUCUUCAAGCUCGAGAGUCGAGAGCCACAGAGAGGCAUGAGGGAAUGCAUUGACGCAGUCAAAAUGGAUGAGUCUGUCAAUGAUCCCCCCAGGGGAAGAAGGAAGAGGAUUUGUGACACCAAUGAUUCAGCAGAGAGUGACAGAAAUAAAAUAUCCUACUGUGUAACUGACGUCCCCCCCUGGUAUCUCUGUAUCCUCCUUUCCAUUCAGCAUUACCUGACAGCUUUUGGAGGGAUCCUCUCCAUUCCUUUAAUACUGUCUGAGGGGCUGUGUCUGCAACAUGAUGGUCUCACCCAGAGUCGCCUCAUUAGUACGAUCUUUUUCACCUCUGGCAUCUGCACCCUUCUGCAGAUCACCUUUGGCAUCAGGCUUCCCAUCCUUCAAGGUGGGACAUUUGUUUUACUUGCCCCCUGCAUGGCCAUGUUAUCCAUGCCAGAGUGGAAAUGUCCAGCUUGGACUCAGAAUGCUAGUCUGGUCAACACCUCCUCACCCGUCUUUAUAGAGGUGUGGCAGACCCGUAUGCGAACUCUGCAGGGCUCCAUCAUGGUAGGAUCUCUCUUACAGAUACUGGUCGGUGUCACUGGGCUCAUUGGCUUUCUAAUGCGCUUCAUUGGUCCCCUUACCAUCGCCCCAACCAUCUCUCUUAUAGGCUUUUCUGUCUAUAACACAGCUGGAACCAAGGCUGGAAACCAUUGGGGCAUAUCUGCUCUAACCGCAGGGCUGAUCAUCCUGUUCUCUCAGUACCUCAACCAUGUGCCAGUCCUGGUCCCGGCAUACAACAAGGACAAGAGACUGCAUGCUUCAAAAGUCUACAUUUUCCAGAAAUUUCCUGUUCUCCUGGGUAUAACUAUCCCAUGGCUGGUUUGCUAUCUCCUGACCAUCUAUGAUGUGCUGCCAUCUGAUCCAGACCAAUAUGGCUACCUGGCCCGUACUGAUCUGAAGGGAGAUGUGGUGGGACAUGCUUCCUGGUUCACCUUUCCUUACCCUGGUCAGUGGGGCAUGCCAACUUUGAGCCUGGCAGGGGUGCUUGGCAUCAUGGCUGGUAUAUGUUCCUCCAUAAUAGAGUCUGUCGGGGACUACCAUGCCUGUGCAAGGCUGUCAGGGGCCCCUCCUCCUCCCAAGCAUGCCAUCAACCGGGGGAUUACAAUGGAGGGGAUUGGUUGUCUGUUGGCAGCCUUGGGCACAGGCAACGGCACCACUUCAUUCAGUGAGAAUGUGGGCGCUCUGGGUAUCACCAAGGUCGGCAGUCGAAUAGUGUUAGUCACGUGUGGGGCUCUCAUGAUCCUGAUGGGGGUGCUGGGUAAAAUUGGAGCCAUCUUCAUUACCAUUCCUACCCCUGUGAUUGGAUGGAUGUUCUUGGUCAUGUUUGGGAUCAUUGCUGCUGCUGGUAUUUCUAAUCUGCAGUUUGUAGAUAUGAACUCUUCAAGGAAUCUCUUCAUUUUUGGCUUCUCCAUGUUCGCUGCAUUUGUCAUCCCAAACUGGAUGGAGAAAAAUCCUGAUUUUCUAUCUACAGGUAUAGUGGAGGUGGACCAGGUGUUGAAAGUAUUUUUGAUGACCAACGUAUUUGUAGGCGGAUUCUGUGGCUUUUUCUUGGACAACACUAUUCCUGGAACUAAGCCUGAGCGCGGCAUCUUCGCCUGGGAAGAAGCCCAUCCCACAGGCCCCGGUAGCACGGCGAGCGAGAGCGUGUAUGACCUCCCGUUUGGCAUCAGCUCUUGCCUCUCCUCUUACGGCUGGGUCCGCCACAUCCCUCUCUGCCCUUGGAACGGACGCAGUCGCCAGAGCACGACAUCCGAGGAGGAUGCUGAGCCCCCGCAGAGCGAGCAGCCAUCCAAGUGGCCAGCCCAGGAGGCACAGAGAUCACCCACAAACUGACCUUGUGAGCGCUUCAGGGGGGUUAACGGUAGCCAGUGAAGUCGGUAAAGCUCACUUGCUAACACUAGCCACAUUAUGCUUCACUGAAUACAUGA